CAACAAAGAUGAAGUAUUUGUGUCUGGUUUUUUUGGCCACGUCAGUUGCUGGCCAAUUCACUGAUGAUCUUUACCAACUCUUGGCAAAAGAAAAUGCAGACAAGAAUUUGAUUUCAUCGCCCUUAUCCGUCGAAAUAAGCUUGGCCAUGGUCUACAUGGCAGCUGGGGGAAACACAGCCCAGGAAAUGAGGAAAGUUUUAAAACUGUCAGAGAACAAACAGGAAGUGGCUGCCAAAUACAAGGAGUUUCUUACAAAUCUCAAAGGUCGGGAAAAGGUAGCCAUCCUUGAUCUGGCAAACCGCAUAUACGUUAAUGACGAAUACAAGCUGAAUCCGGAAUAUAACCAAGUGGUUAAAGAUUCCUUUAAAGCCGAAGCGGAGGCUAUUAGCCUAAAAGAUGCAGAUCGUGCCACUUCGAUUAUCAAUAAGUGGGUGAAUGAUCAGACGCGCGGCAGAAUCCAAGACAUAGUUACAAAGAAUGACAUGACCGAUCAGACGCUAAUAGCUGUACUUCUUAAUGCCAUUUACUUCAAAGGUCAAUGGCAAUACGAAUUCAAUCCCAAAAAUACCAAGAAUGUCGAUUUUAAAACUGCCAGCCAAGAACGAGUUCCUGUCCAAAUGAUGUCAUUAUCGGGCACAUUUAAGGCGGCAUAUGUACCAGAACUAGAUGCCAAAGUGAUUGAACUUCCGUACAGGAAUUCAAGUCUUUCCAUGGUCAUCUUUUUGCCGGAGAAAGUUGAUGGCCUACAAGAAUUGGAGAAAAAGAUCCCAGGAUUCUCCCAGCCUCUGCGGGAACUUGAUGUGAAUUUAAAGCUUCCCAAGUUUAAAAUCGAAUUUUCGACGUCUCUAACGAAAGUUCUUCAGACAUUGGGCAUACGACAAGCCUUCACACACGGUGCUGACUUAAAAGGUCUUAUAACAUCAAAGGAAGGCUAUAUUAGCAAAAUUCUUCAAAAGGCCUUUAUAGAGGUAAAUGAAGAGGGUGCUGAGGCAGCAGCUAUAACAGCUGUAUCUAUAGGGUUAAGAUGUAUAAGAUGCACACCCCCGCCUCGUUUAGAUUUUAAUGCCGAUCAUCCGUUUGCUUACGUCAUUCGCGAUCAGAAUGCCGUUUACUUUCAGGGCCACUUUGUAAAGCCAGGUCAAUAAAGUAGCAUUUAUCUUAUAUCCCUCAUAAAGGGGAAUAAAUAAAAUUCAAUAAUAAAUGCAUACAAUUAUUAAA